AUGGCAAAGACACGGUUCGUUCAAAGCCGCAAGUUGCAGAGUCGGGUAAAGCUCGUCAUCAAAACCGUCGACGGCUUCCAGGGAAACGAGCAAGACAUCAUUGUCAUCAGCACCUUCGCACUAAGCACGGUACGCUCGAACGACAAUGGCAACAUUGGCUUCGUGAAGGACCAUCGUCGCUUGAAUGUUGCCAUUACGCGAGCGCGGUUCCGCUUGUGGGUGAUCGGGAACAUGCAGACACUGGCCAGAGGGGACGAAGUGUGGAAACAGUUCAUUGACUUCUACAAGUGGCGCAAGUGCCUGCAGGCCAUCCCGACCGCCACCUCCGACCUGGAGCGACGAGUUGACCAAGUGGUGGCGACCAAGAAGUCUCAGAAGGUCGUGGUCCCGACGCCAGCCCCGCCUUCGGCCGACGCCGGCGCAAGCUCCAGCAGCAAAACCUCAAGGGCCGUCGCCUCCCACCGGCCCAUUGUGGGGCCGGAACAGCCGACCUACGUUGCCUCCGCAGUGCGGCGUGCCCUCUCAAGCAAGGACGGCCAGCGCUGGGACUCCCACUUCAUGCAGCAGCUUGUGAACACCAUCUCAGGGCUCUUCGGCUGCAAUCGGUUCUCAAAAGCUGAGCAACGAGCUGCGGCGGUGAAGAAGAUCUCGCAGCUUCUCGAGGGCCAAAGUCGGGUGUGGCCGACGCAGACCCGAUAUUUCGGCCAAAAGAUCCCACUAUGGAAUCUGGCAGUCGAGGAGUUGCAAAUCACCAACACAGCGGUCUUAGUCUACUGGAUCGAGCUGCAUCCAAACCCGAGCGCCCCCAACCAGGUUACUCAGACGGUCAUACUCAACAACAUCGUUCCUGGCGAUGACAGGGCCAAGGCUAAAGACCGUGCAGGGGAGUUCCUGCGAACCUUCUCGGACGAGUACCUGGAACGAGCCAUGGCGCGAUCCAAGAACGACACCGGCAUGGUUGUGCCGCUGACCUGGGAGGCCAACUUCCCGCAGCGACGGUCCUGUGAGGGGGCCGAGGUCCUGGAGCCCGAUACCACGCGCGAUUCUCUGCCUGUGGCAUUGCAGAAGCGCUACGUCAUGGGGCAGACCGAGCUGGACUUCCUUGUCAAGGAAUCCUUGAAGUCAGUGCAGCUCCCCUACCGCCUGGAUGAUGACGACCUCUGCCUGAAUUCAUGGUGGUUGGAGUGCGGGCACUGA